AUGUGGCUGUGCCCCCUGCUGCUCUGCCUGCCCCUGUCUCUGGCCCUGAGCGGCCAGCGUGAGCCCGAGGCCCCGGAAGAUGUGGGUGAACUGCACUGCGGGCCCGAGGGCCUCCAGUUCACCGUCCACCCCCUGGGCCAGGCCUCGGGGACCCCUCCCACGCUGAUAGCCUGGGGCCUCGACGCACUGGGCGCUCACCUGUGCGACUCGGUCCCCGUGGGGGACAGGCUGCCCUGCGCCCCGGCUCCCGCCACUCCCCGGGCCUGCAAGGCGCUGGGCUGCUGCUACAACCCCAGCAGCAGGUCCUGUUACUAUGGAAACACAGGUGAGGCGGCUGCUCUACAAGCAGCGGAGGGAAGUGCCCAUUACCUGCAGCUGAGCCUAGGGGAGGGCAAGCCCCUCCCACCCCUCACCCCCCAGGUCACUGGGGACCAGGCCGUCUAUGAAAACGAGCUGGUUGCAGCCCAGGAUGUGAGAACCUGGAGCCGUGGCUCCAUCACCCGCGACAGUACCUUCAGGCUCCGCGUCAGCUGCACCUACCCUGUGAGCAGCAGCGCCCUCCCCGUCAACGUCCAGGUCUCCCUCCUCCCACCGCCCCUUCCAGAGACCCAGCCCGGGGCCCUCACCCUGGAGCUGCAGCUCGCGAAAGAUGGAAACUACAGCGCCUACUACCGCGCGGGUGACUACCCGGUGGUGAAGUUGCUCCGGGACCCCAUCUACGUGGAGGUCGCCCUCCGCCACAGGACCGACCCCGACCUGGGGCUGCUGCUGCAUCAGUGCUGGGCCACGCCGGGCCCCGACCCCGGGCUGCAGCCGCAGUGGGCGCUGCUGGUGAACGGAUGCCCCUACGCCGGAGACAACUACCGGACCCAGCUGAUCCCCGUCCCGGAGACCGAGAGCCUGCGAUUCCCUUCCCACGCCCAGCGGUUCAGCAUCUUCACCUUCAGCUUCGUGGACGCGGGGGCCGGACGGGUGCUCGGGGGGCCGGUGUUCCUGCACUGCAGCGUGUCCGUCUGCCAGCCUGCGGGGUCCCCGUCCUGCGUGGCCUGCCCUGUGACCAGGCGAAGGAGAAGCUCUGACGCCCAUGACCCCAACAGCACCGCCUUCAUCUCUAGCCAGGGCCCCAUGAUCCUGCUCCAGGCCACGGAGGGCCCUUCCGGAAAGCUUCCUAAAUACUCAAGGACCCUGUGGGUGGCUGGCCUCUCCGGGACCGUCGUUGUGGGAGUCUUGGGCCUGACCUACCUGGCUGUCAAGAAGUGGAGCUGA